GAGAACCACGCCGCCAGCUUCGCCUUCUCGGGCGUCUCCGGCUUCCCGGUGCGGCUGGAGGUGCUGGGCCCCAGCGACCCGGCCGUCGGCAGGGACUUCCUCUUCUCGCUCGUGCCCCUGAGCUGCUUCGCUUCCGACGCCGGGACGGGCGCAUCCACCACCAGAACGGUUACAGCCUCUUACACAGCAGCCACUUCGACUACAGUCACUUCUGCUUCUACAACCACAAUCG